AUAAUAAAAUGGCAUCAAAUAAUUUCUACGAUGAAGUUAGAAACUCACGAAACUUUACCGGAAAAGUAGUGUUAGUUACCGGAUCGGGGGCUGGUAUCGGGGCUUCAAUUGUCAAGUUAUACUCAGCACUGGGAGCUAAUGUAGUGAUCACCAGUAGAAAAGCAGAUGCUGUACAUAAAGUAGCUCUUGAAGCACAACAAUUGUCACCUAAAAAACUCAAGCCAUUGGAGGUAAUUGCAGAUUUAACUAAAAGUGAUGAAUUGACAAACUUGUUAAACGAAACAAUCAAAACUUUCGGUAAAUUAGAUAUUUUGGUCAACAAUGCCGGCGGUUUACCCCUGGGUCUUAUAUCUGACCCAAAAUUUAUUGAUAAACUCAAGUCAGCCGAAACACUUGAUAUCAAUGCAAAUCUAGAGCUGACACAACUGGCCAUUCCUUAUCUCGAGAAAACCAAAGGCAAUAUUGUUAUGAUUACAUCAAAUAUGACUGAAAGACCGUUAAAAGGUUGGCUUAAUUAUAUUAUUGCUAAAAGUGCAUUGGAGGAUGCAACCAAGGUGCUUUCAUUUGAAUUAGGUAGUAAAGGCAUACGUAUUAACUCAGUCAGCCCCGGUAUUAUUGACUCUAAACCUGAGAUUUUGGAGCCAACACUCGUAUCUAUAUUUAAUAAGACAGCAAAUCGGACUCCUUUGGGCCGAAUAGGCAAACCCAAUGACGUUGCGGCCGCUGUUGUGUUCCUGAGCUCAUCGGACGCCCGAUUCAUAACUGGACACAGUUUAGUAGUCGACGGCGGACUUAAAUAUAAUAUGGACUCAGAAUUGUUUGAAAAUUAUGGAUUAGAAUAAUACGUAAAAUUUCUGUCUUUUAUUAUUUUAUUGUUAUUUAUAA